AUGAAAUUCAAGCUAGUACACAACAAAGAAAUCCAUCUUGUCAAACUAGACAACCCAACACUUUCAGCACUCAAAGCACACGUUAAGAAGGUUUAUCCAUAAAUUGAUACAAACUUCAAAUUAACAUACUUUGAUAAUGAAAAUGAUGAAAUCUCUCUUAGUUGCUAAGAAGAUUUACAAGUUCUAGUCGAUGAAGCUCAUCAAGCUGUUAAACUAUAUGUGGUGGUACCUCAAAAACCAGAAAAGAUGGUUCAUCCCAAUCAUACAUGUGAUGGCUGUUAAAAGCACCCUAUCGUUGGUGCUAGAUUUAAAUGUCUUGAAUGUCCAGAUUACGACUUAUGUGAAUCAUGUCAAUCUAAGAACAUCCACAAUAACCAUAAGUCAUUCAAAAUUAGUAACUUUGAAGAACUUGAAGAUUUCUAAAGAUCCUAACCAAAAAAGACUAGACCAUUUCCUCAAUAACAAUUUCAUCAUGUCGGACCAUUCCCUCAUAUCUUUAACCACUUUAUGUAGAUAAUUGAAAACCCCAAAUUCAAGGAAUUCAAAGAAACAGCCGGCACAGUUGCCUCAGACUUACUCAAUGUGAUUAAGACUUAAAUCGACAACCAUAAAGUUCAAGAAUAAGAAACACCAUAAGAAUAGACCUAAUACGAUUUUUAUGCAUCCUAAGUUGAUUCGACUUAACAAUCCAAGGAGGAACCCUGCAUCUCAUAAACUGAGAUCUAAGAGCCAGUCUAAGUACCAGUUGAAGUCUAAGAGCCAGUCCAAGUCUAAGAGCCAAUUGAUUGUGAGAUGGAAUAGAAGAUCAAAAAAUUAGCAGAGAUCAUCGAUUGCAGCGAAGCAUUAGCCAGAGAAUACGUGGAACUGUUUAAAGAAUUGCCUUUGGACGAGAUUGUUGACAUAAUAUAUAACUAAAAAUGA